UCCCAACCCACCUUGCGUCUUCGUCCCUCCCUCCCCUCCCGUUCGCUGAAUCACACGCCCUCUUUGCACAACCCAUCCCAACCACAGGAGAUCACAGGGAGAAAUCCAGCAGUAGCAACAAAACCCCCACCUUCUUUCUCUCCAACUCGGUAGCAACAGUAUCGAUCAUUCACAGAGAACAACCAAGAAGAGAAAGAAGCAGUAGCUCAACCUCGCCCGGCAUGGAACCAGCUGCCACGCACACGCCUGGAGGCGCCGACGAAGGCCCUUCCUCCUCUUCUGCCACUGCCGACCCCACUCCUCCCCCUCCUCCUCCCCCUCAAUCUCCACAACCACCACCUCCUCCUCUGGAACAGCAGCAACCAUUAAGUAGGUACGAGUCGCAGAAGAGGCGAGACUGGAACACCUUCCUCCAGUAUCUGAGGAACCACGAGCCCCCGCUGACGCUCCCCAUGUGCGGCGGAGCGCACGUGAUCGAGUUCCUCAAGUACCUGGACCAGUUCGGGAAGACGAAGGUGCACUCCGCCGGGUGCACCUUCUUCGGCCGGCCGAACCCUCCGGCCUCCUGCGCGUGCCCCCUCAAGCAAGCCUGGGGCUCCCUCGACGCGCUCAUCGGCCGCCUCCGGGCAGCCUACGAGGAGAGCGGCGGGCGCCAGGACUCCAACCCCUUCGCCGCCCGGCCGGUCAGAAUCUACCUCCGGGAGGUGAAGGAGAGCCAGGCGAAGGCUCGCGGCAUCCCUUACGAGAAGAAGAAGCGAAAGCGAGCCCGUUCCGCUGCCGCCGCCGCUGCGGUGGAGGGGAGUUCGGGCGGCGGAGGGGAAUCUUCGGCUUCAGCUCCGGCUGCGAGCGGAAGCAGUAGCGGCGGCGGUGGCGCUAUCAGUUCGGUGGUGAGGGAGAGAUCAAGCGACACGCCCGGUGGCUCAUCAUCCCUUUCAUGACUAUAGAUGCCUCUCUCAUAUCCAACUACUUCAUUCGAAUGAGAUCCAAUGCAUUAAAUGCUGGUCUGAUCACAUCUAACAAGAAGAAUUAGGGAAGACAAACAGCACAUAUUAACAACACCGGGAGUUGCUGCAAGAAUCGGAGAACUUGGAUCUGCCUUUUAGGUUUCUUUCUCUGAACAGAAUUGCCAACCAAGUUCUUCCUCGAUUGCUUAAUUCCUUGAUGAUCCUUAUGAUUCUUCCUCAUCUUCUUUUGCUUGCUUUCGAUUGAAAGCGGCUACAGUUCUUCUUUGUUGGACCUACUCGUGGAUAGAAGUGCAUAUAUUGAGAGUUCAAUGUGAACAACUAUUUCUUGAUUACUCUCAUCCAACCCUGACAUUACUGACUACUCUCUCUCUCUCUAACUUUUGCUUUAGAAGGGGAAAACAUCAUCUUCUUCCUCAGGUUUGGAAGAAUGCAAUGCAGUAGUCACAUUCCACCGGAUAGAAAUCAUCUGUGAUGAAUCAUCGAGCACACUGCGAGGCUUCCUCUUUGAAGAAAAGAGAACUGAGGGCCGGGAAGCACUGACAUCAGAUUCCCAUCUUGUUACUGUUCAUGAUUGCUUUAAUGAGAGACACCGUUGGUGGCAACGAGACUGAAGCACACAACAUGGAAGGAUUCCCCGCACGAGCGGCACACUGCUGCUUCCCCUCACUCCAUUAGUUCUUGCAGAUUUGAGCACUGCUUGUGCUACUCAUUCUUCCCAUAUACAAUUCUGUCAAAGAUUUGGGAUCUGCGUGCAGUGCUGCUUCAGAACUUGGUAGAGAUAGCCAUCAUCAAGCCAUCAGCCAAAAAUGCCACUAGCUUCCUUGGUUUUAUCUUCCACUUGGCUCUUACAGUUCAUGAGAGAUUCUUGCAUGUAUAUAUGUUCCUCCAAGAUAGUAUUAGGUGGGGAAGUAAGCUGGAUCAAUUGAGCAAUGGACUAGGGUUUGCCAAGUCAUGUUUGAUUUAUCUGCGCAUAGUUGCAGAUACAUAGUCUUUAACCUAAAUGGAGGAGACCAGCGUAUAGCCUAACAAUUUACUGAUGCUACUUCACUUGGGAAUUCUUCACUGUUAGUUAACACACUUAGAUACAGAUUUCUUUGAUCUCUCAGUCACCAAAGCCAUCCUCUUGGCUUUAAAGCAAUUGCUGUUAUUAUUACACCUAAAAUGUUAGCACAGUACAUACAUGACUCACAUAUCUUAGGUAAAAAGUUGAAACUUCACCCCAUCAAUUUUGAGGAGGAGCCUAUUAGUUUAAAUAGUAAAGAUUUUGUCAGUCUUAAUGCAAGCAAAUCCCACCUUCAUCAUUGAUUGGUUACAAGUGAAGACAUGGCUAGCACACUUAUUUUUCUUGAGCUUAUAUUAAAUUUGAUUAAUAUCAAUCUCAUCUCAACAAGUAUAUAAUCGAAGGAACAUCUUAAGAUUCAGAGGUAUAACUAGUAAAUAUGUUCAUCCUCAUGUAGACAUAAUUUAUCUAUCUUUUAGGGGGAUUACACUUGUUUUUUUCAGUACAAAUAGUUAUGUGUCUAUAUAAAUAUAUAUUUAUUUAUCUAUGUUACAGUAAUCCUGAAAGGAAAACCAAACAGCUUAUGGAAACAAAAGCAGCUGGGCAACAUCAUCAUGGAGGUCAUCCAUCUCAAAGGAAUAUUUUAGCUUUAGAAGAGCAAUAAUCUUGCCUCACACCAUCAUGCUAAGCUUUGUUUGAUAUGGUAAAACGCUUUGUUCUCACCAUGAGCUGAUCCAUCGUUUUCAUUCCUUUCCCAAGUAUUCUUCCUGUCUGUGAAGACCUAAUUAUUUCCAUACCAUACCAUGGAUUUAUUCUUUAUAAUCCAACCACAUUUGUGAACAUUAGUGCUGAUUGAAUGAAGGGGA